AUGAAGGUCACUCUCCUCGCCGCCGGCCUCGUUGCCACCGUCUUCGCUCAAGACCUGUCCUCCAUCCCCGAGUGUGCGCGCACCUGCCUUACGGAUGCCAUCAGCAAGGACGGCCAAUGCCAGGCCACCGACUCCGCCUGCGUCUGCGGCCGCAUUGAUGCCCUAACUACGCUCGCGACCAGCUGUGUCCUGAGUGCCUGUGGCCAGGACGUCGCUCUGAACCAAGUUCUCCCGGCCGUCCAGACCUUCUGCGCCAAUGUUGGCUCUGGUUCCAGUGCCUCAUCGGCAGUCUCGUCGGCAGCCUCCUCAGCCGCUGCCAGCACUACCGCAUCUUCCACCUCGGCAUCUGAGUCAUCGGCAUCCAGCUCCGGUUCAGCGUCGCCAUCCGCGACUGAGUCCUCGUCGGCCUCCGCUACUCAUUCGUCCUCGCACAGCAGCAGCACUCUGCACGCCAGCACCACCGCAAGCUCCGGCUCGACCGCCACUGGCGCCUCGGCGAGCGCCUCUUCCAGCGUCGUCACCGCUGGUGCGGCUCAGUACGGCUCCGUCAGCGGCCUGGCUGCUUUUGUGCUCGGCGCCAUCGCUAUCUUUUAA